GUUUACCGGCGCGAACACGUACAAGCCGAUGCCAGAUUUCAGAUGAAUUAAAUUUGAUUGUGUUGUUGAACGGAGAAGGUGGUGCGCUUGUUUGUGAGAAGAAAAAAGAACAAAUUUUAAAAAGGAAGAAAAAUUUCAUCAGGAAAUAAAAAAAAAAAAUAAUUAAUUUAAAUUACCCCCAUUCAUCAAAUUUAAUUUAAUAAAUAAUCUAAAAUGGCUGAUACUGAAGUUAAGAGGAAGGGACGACCAAAGAAGAGGGAAUCAGAAGCUGUUGAGUCACCAGCAAAAUCCCCACCAAAAAAAGCAGCCGUAAGCAACGGCGAUGAUGCGGCAGUCCCUGCUAAACGUGGUCGAGGACGUCCACCAAAGGGCACAACAAAAGCAUCGAAAAAGCCCCCACCAGUACCUGGCAGAGGACGUGGUCGCCCGCCAAGCAAACCUGCAGCCGCCGCAAGCAAAAAGAAGGACACCUCUGAAGAAGAAGAUGAGGAGGAUGAAGAAGAAGAUGAAGAAAAGAAGGAAUCAUCUGGCGAAGCCGAUUCUUCUUAAAAAAUUAAAAAUUAAAAAAUAAACUAAACUAAAAACAAAAAACAUCCAGCACUACAUAAACAUACCACAACACAAAAAAAAACUGAAAUAAAUUAAACAUUAUUAUAAAAAUGUAAUUUUUUUUAAUUUAAUCACUUUUUUAUUUUUCUUUUUAUUGUUUUUCAAUUUUAUAUGAUUAUUAUUUUUUUUCGGAAGUGUACAUGAGUGUUUUUUCUUUUUUUAAUGUCGCAUCAAAAUUUUUGUAUUAAAAUGUGGAAUUUCUUUUUUUGCUAAAAUAUUAUAAAAGAAAUAAAAAAAAAACAUAAUGUUAAAUUAAUGUUAGAUAAAAUGAAGUAAAAAAGAAAUAUAUGUAAGCGUAUACAUUACCGUGUAAACAACUUAAUUAAAAAAUAAAGUUUGAUUUACUUUCAACGUA